AUGAACCAGACCAACCAAAUAUGGGUGACAGAAUUUCUCCUCCUGGGACUUUCUGAUGACCCUCAGACUCAGCUGUUGCUCUUUGUAAUAUUCAUGGGAGUCUACUUGGUUACCAUGCUUGGAAAUUUGCUCCUCAUCUCCCUGGUUCUGAUUGAUUCACAACUCCAUACACCCAUGUACUUUUUUCUGUGCAACUUAUCUUUUGCUGACUUAUUCUUUUCCACCAAUAUUGUCCCACAAGCCUUAGUCCAUUUGCUGUCCAAGAGGAAGGUCAUUUCCUUUAUAGGAUGUGCAGCUCAGCUUCUUCUUUUUCUCAUAUUUGGAUGUACACAGUGUGCACUGUUAUCUGUGAUGUCCUAUGACCGGUACUUGGCAAUAUGUGACCCUAUGCACUACCCCCUCAUCAUGACAUGGAAAGUGUGUAGUCAAUUUUCCUUGGGGUGCUGGGUCAGUGGUAUACUGGUGUCCUUAGUGGAUACUACAUUCACAUUACAACUCCCCUAUCAAGGAGACAAUAAGAUUGCUCAUUUCUUUUGUGAAGCCCCAGCCCUUCUGGUUGUAGCAUCUGCAGACAUUCACAAAGCAGAGACAGCCAUUUUCUUCAUGGGAGUGAUGAUUCUUCUUGCACCUGUUUCCCUGAUUCUGGUCUCCUAUGGAGCUAUAAUAGUGACUGUGGUGAAGAUGAAGACAACCUCAGGGAGACUCAAAGCAUUUUCUACCUGUGGCACCCAUCUUCUUGUGGUCAUCCUCUUUUAUGGGUCAGCAAUUAUCACUUACAUGACACCCAAAUCUUCAAAGAAGCAGGGAAAACUGGUUUCUGUGUUCUAUGCUGUGAUAAACCCUAUGCUUAACCCUCUCAUCUAUAGCCUGAGGAAUAAAGAUGUGAAGAGGGCAUUCAGGAAUGUAAUCAAUCGAGGGAAACUCUUCAGAUUUAUCCUCUCACUAUAA